AUGGCCGCUAUUUCGGAGUUCCGCAAGAAGAAGCUGCUGUACGUGUUCCAUGUGUUUUUCGAUAUCAACCAGAGUGGUGAAAUCGACCGCAAAGAUUUUGAGCUGGCAAUCAACAAAAUUUGCAAUCUUCGCGGCUGGCCGGAGGGUCACGUUAAGAACAAGGAAACCCACGAUGCGAUGUUCAAAAUAUGGGACGGUCUACGGACAAAGGCCGACGAAGAUAAUGACGGUCAGGUCUCGGUGGACGAGUGGUGCAACAUGUGGGAAGCGUACGCCAAGAAUCCGAACGCCGUACUUGACUGGCAAGUGAGAUAUAUGAACUUUAUGUUCGACUUGGAGGACGCUUCCAACGACGGUACCAUCGAUUCGGAGGAGUUCUCCAGUGUUUACUCGAGCUACGGCGUCGACAAGAACGAGUGCCUGGAGGCGUUCAAGAAGAUGUCAAAGGGCGCCGGCGAGGUAAACCGGGAUCAGUUUGCCGUCUUGUGGCGUGAGUACUUCUCCUCGGAUGAGCCGACCGCCCCGGGAAAUUACAUCUUCGGCAAGAUUGCGUUCUAA